AUGUUUAUAAUCUCGGAAACGCAACGAACAUUUGCUUCAUUUUUCAUAUUUGGUUUAUUAAACAACAUCUUGUAUGUUAUUAUCUUAUCCGCAGCAAUAGAUCUUGUGGGGCCAUCAACUCCCAAAGCAAUUGUGUUAUUGGCCGAUAUCAUUCCAUCAUUUUCUUUUAAAGUGGCAGCACCAUUUUUUAUCCAUGCUGUACCAUAUAUAAUUCGAUUAUGGACAUUAGUGGCAUUAUCGGCCACAGGGAUGGUAUUAAUAUCAUUGAGUCCCACCAAUGUUAUUAGUUGGAAAAUCUUGGGGAUCACAUUAGCGUCAUUAUCAUCAGGGUUAGGAGAAAUUAGUUUUUUACAAUUGACGCAUUAUUACGAAGAGAAUUCUGCAAUUGGUGGAUUUUCAAGUGGGACCGGAGGAGCAGGCUUAUUUGGUAGUUUUUUGUUUAUGAUGUUGACUAAUGUCAUGGGAUUCCCGGUAUGGGUGGUGUUAUUGAUUUGUGCAAUAUUUCCUAGUGGGUUUCUUAUUACUUAUUUCAAUUUGUUGCCCUUGCCAAUGCAUGAAUAUCAAGUGAUAUUACAGCAGCAACAGGAACGCGAAGAGGAACAAGAAGAGGAAGAGUAUCAACAACAGUUACAUGACGAAGCGGGAAACCAAAACCUCGAGUCAAUAGGUGAGGUGAAAUAUUCUGUGGACUACAUGAGUAGACACGUUCAAAACACAGUACAGAAAAUCAAACCGCUUAUUUUACCCUAUAUGCUACCAUUAACCACAGUUUAUAUAUCUGAAUACGUGAUCAAUCAAGGCAUUUCACCAACUUUGUUGUUUCCUUUGAAAGAGGUACCACAGUGGUUGAUAUCAAAUUAUCGAGACAUUUAUGUUGUCUAUGGAUUUUUAUAUCAAUUGGGGGUAUUCAUAUCUCGAUCAUCAGUAACAAUGGGAAUCAGAAUUAAAAGAUUGUAUUUAUUGUCGGUUUUGCAAUUUGUAAAUGUAAUAAUUACACUUUGUCAAUCGAUAUAUGAUUCCCCUUUCCAUCUGAUUUGGUGGUUAUUUUUAUUAAUUUUUUAUGAAGGAUUGUUAGGUGGAGCAAGCUAUGUGAAUACUUUUAAAUCAGUUAGUGAACAGGUUUCAAGAACGAAAAGAGAGUUUAGUAUGGGAUGUGUCAGUAUCAGCGAUUCAUUGGGUAUAGUUAUUGCUGGAUGUAUCAAUUGGUCGUUGGAAUUGAAAUUGUGUCAUUUGCAAGUGGCACGGGGUAGAGAUUGGUGUCUCAAAGGGGGGUCAAUAUAG